CAGAAUAAAAUAUGGCGAUCUGAGUCUAAAAAAAAGUCAAGUUGCAAACUCGAUUUUACACUCUGAUUUAAUACUUAUAUUUCACAAGUAUCAAUUAUUCCCUUGUUAAAUAGAUGAAAAUCGUUUAUCAAAUAUUUUUUAAUGAUUGAAUAUUAUCCACGGCUCAAACAUGAGUGAACAUUACCGAGAUUAUAAAGGGUCAUCUCGAUCGUCGCGUGAUGAUUCUAGGAGGUAUGCCGAGAGCUAUGGACGAAAGACGCGGUCAAGAUCGAGGUCUCCGAUGCAAAGGCAAUCACGAAGCCCCUAUAGGAAGUCGCCAGAUGACAGGAGUCGAGACAAAGAUACUUAUUAUGAAGAAAAGCAAAAGCACUCGCCUGAGUCAUGGGAUUCUGACGAGGAAGUCCCAGCGCCACCGCCUCCACCACGUAUUAGCAAAAUAUCUAUUGGAUUCACAAAGCCCAAGGCUCCCAUUAAGAUGACAUUAGGUGGGUCAUCAAAGCCUGUACCAAUAGUUGCUCCUAAGCCAACUGUGGCUUCUGUCUUCAAUACUGAUGAUGAUGAUGAACCUGAAGAAAUGCCUGCUGAGGCCCGAAUGAGGAUGAGAAAUAUUGGCAGAGAAACACCAACAUCAGCUGGUCCCAAUUCCUUUGGCAAAACAAAACAAGGGUUCUGCGAUGCCAAGAAGGUGUUUGAGAAGAACCUAAAGCAAGCCCUGGAAACAGCUGAAAAGCCUGACUUCACAAAGUUACCCAAAACUAUAUACAAAUUACAAGGGCCAUGAUGUGAACAUAAUUUGAAUUUAUUAGUGUAGGCUUGUUAUAUUAUUAGAUGUUUUGCUAAGUUUGCUGUAUGAACCACACAUUUAUGACAGAAUUAAGAAAAUUGUAGUGAAUAAUACAUCAGCUGAAGAGAUCUGUUACACCUAAAAUCAAUGUGUUAAAGCCUUUAUUUCCAUGUAUUAUAAAAGGUGGACUUUGAUAUUAUUUUGUAAUAAAAUGCCAUUCUAUAUUAUUAAAUGUUAUGCAUGUUUAAUUCAGCAGAACUUAAAGUAUGUAGGUGCCACGUUUUUUAACUAGAAUGGUGAAAUGGUGAUUUGUUAAAUUUAGUCCUGAUUUCAAGACACUAGACAGAUUGAUCAUGAUUAAAUCUCCAGUCAAAAUGUGGUCUUCUUCCAAUGUUUCCCAAAUAAAUUUCAAUAAUGGGCAAAAUCAAAAAAAUAUAUACAUAUAUAUUAAAUUACUUACAAUUAAAUGAUUCUGUUCAAGUUUAUAGAUCUAAAUAGACAAAAAAUAAUUCAUGGAAUAUAAAUUUUGUAAAGAUAAAUUUACCAUAACCAUACAUAAAAAAACAGCUCUGAAAUGUCUAUAUUUUUAUAUUAACCACUUACAGGAUAUAGUUGCAUUCGAAGUGUUUUUGCAAAAUAUAAGUAGGUAAAGCAAUAUAAAAUUGCCUUAUAAUCUUUGUAUGUGUAAAAAUAAAUUAUUUUGAAAAAAUUAUUAAAAUGCUCUCAUUUUAAAUACCAUUGUGUUGUAUAAUGCUGUACAUUGAAUGUAAUAAAUGAUACCUAGCUGAAA